AUGGGCAUUAAAGGAUGCUGGACGUGUAGAGAGCGCAAAGUGCGAUGCGACUUGCGCAAACCUACUUGCGGCAACUGUGCGAAGACGCUGCAGUCCUGCAAAGGCUAUGGCAUGCAACUGUCUUGGCCACGGGAGGGAAAUAAGCGACGGGCAAUUGUACUCGACUGUGGCUCAAGAGCGCCCGCAAGAAUAUCCCGGAGACAUCGGGGGCGUGGUGUAGUGUUUUUGAACGUCUCUUCCGCAGAUGUUGCACUGUCAGAUGCUUUGGAAGAAAAACUUAACCUUGCCGAUUAUUUACACGGGUUUGCAAUACCACGCUCACUCCACCUUUCACCAUUUUCGCUUUCGGGAGAUGACGCAUAUCUACUCGAAUAUUUCCAAGAGACCAGAGCGCGGAUAUUAGCUCCCAUACUGGACGAAUCUUUGGCAUAUUUCGUAUUGCAAAUGGCAAUGGCCAAUCCCGACUCUUCUUUUAACUUGGUUUUAGAAGGAAUCCUCGCGUUAUCAUCUGUAUUACUUGCAGGGCCCUCAAAGAGCCAAUACCACAAGACGCGGCUUAUUUCGAUGCUACAGAAAGACAUAACGCGGGUCGACAGAGAAAGCGUCAUCCGAAAUCUGAUCGCCACUAUGCUUCUUUUUCAAUGUGAAAUUUGCAAUACGGCUAAUCCUGGAGGGCUUUGGCGCUUCUAUAUGUGCGGAGCGAAGAAAAUCAUCUCGGCUGUUUCGCCUUUAAUCACACUCUAUCAACAUGACUGCAUGCCACUGAUGGAUUGGAUUUAUUACCACGAGGUCAUGGCAGAAUUCAGCAUCCGACAUUGGGCAGAAGCGGAUGCUAUUGAUAAAUUCUGCAAAGGACCUCAAGCGAUUCGGCCUGGCAAGAUAUUUGUUGGGAGUUCUAUGCAGAUUUCCGAUGGAGCUACAUGCCCUAUAGCUGUUCUCGACCUGGUCCGACACAUUUGUAAGCGACCGCCACCUAAUGGAGACAAAAAUAUACCGUAUGACAAUGCCGAUAUGAUGCGCAUCCAGUAUCUUCGACAAGAUCUCUACGGAACCAUCGGAGAAUAUGGAACUUUUCACGGAGACUUUGAGUCAUCACUCAGCAGGCAAGAUAUGAUCAAUUCUCUCUAUCGAUACGCUGCGUUGAUAUACCUGAACCGUACCGUAUCAUAUGUUUCCACAUCUUCGUUCUCGCAUAGACGAUUAGUGAGAGAAGGCAUUUUGCUUCUACAAAAUCUUGGCUUUUGUGAGGGCACGUGGCCGCUGUUUAUUAUAGCCUGCGAGGCUAAUGAAGAUGAGCAACGUCUCCAAAUAUUAGACAUUCUAGCUAACACGCGUCGAGAACUGGGGCAGCGAUCAGAUCAUGUCGUUUUAAUUCAACACAUGGUUGAAGCUGUAUGGAUUCAGAACGAUCUCACUAUUGAAAGCGAUGUGAAUUACGGUAGGAUACUCAACGCGGUUAUUUCUAAGGCUCCAGCGCUACCGCUCUUCGCAUAA